AUGGCUCCAUUAGAGGCAUUAUAUGGCAGAAGGUGCAGGAAUCCUCUAUGUUGGUACGAAUCUGGAGAGAGUGUUAUACUCGGACCUGAAAUCAUUCAACAGACUACCGAGAAACUUAAAAUUAUUCAAGAGAAGAUGAAGGCAUCACAGAGCUGGAAGAAGAGAUAUCAUGAUAAGCGAAGGAAGGAUCUAGAGUUCCAAGAAGGUGAUCAUGUUUUUAUGAGAGUCACUUCUGUGACCGGUGUGGGUCGUGCUCUGAAGUCUAAGAAGUUGACUCAUUGCUUCAUUGGACCCUAUCAGAUUACCCAGAAGAUUGAAGUUGUUGCUUACCGUGUGGCCCUACCCCCAUCUCUUUCGAAUAUGUAUGAUGUGUUCCAUGUGUCACAACUUCAAAAUUCUAUUCAUGAUCCAUCUCACGUGAUACAAAUGAAUGAUGUACAAGUUCGGGAUAAUCUGACGGUUGAAGCGUCACAUAUUCGGGUCGAGGAUAGUGAAGUGAAGUAA